CGUCCGUUUGGGUGUUUUUGUCUCGUUUACUUCAUCAACAGCAUCUAUUCUACAUAGUAACACAUUUCAAAAGGAGAAAUCAGCCUGAAAACCCUCUUCUUCUUCUCCACUCGUUUGUUCCCCCGCACUGAACCCAGCAGUUUAUCUCCGACAGGCCGUGAAUGCAGCAGGACAGUUGACACCUCGCCUUGACACAAGCUAGCGUGCAGCAUGUCCGAGAAGGAGCUGGGGAAGAAGUGGGACCGGUGCCUGGCAGACGGUGCCAUCAAAAUCGGCACUGGACUGGGUUUAGGACUCGUGUUUUCGGUUCUGUUCUUUAAACGGCACACAUGGCCGAUUUCCUUCGGCUCAGGAGCGGGGCUUGGCAUGGCAUAUGUCAACUGUCAGAAUGACCUCAGGUCACAUUAUGUGCUGCACAGAAGAGAAAAGGAGCAAUAGCUGCAAGCCAACGAAGGACUGUCUUUUUUAUUUUUUUGAAUUUGUUCUUUUUGUUUUGAUUAUGGGGGAGCGGCCAUUUGCACUGUUCUACAGAGAGAUUCAUGUCUCCCUGUUGAUCGGUCCAUCCCUAGUAUGACUCAGUAUGAUUUGUAUGUGCCUAAUCAGGACAGUCUGUGUUUAUUUAAUAAAACAAUUAUAACAACAAAAAA